AUGGACCACUGGUACAAAUCGCCCUCGCGCGACUUCCUCGAUCUCGAUCCAGAACCGAUCGUCGGCGCGCUUCUCAAUGGCCACGGGGUGGGAUGGCCCCCGGCCCUCGACUACAUGGUCAGGCUCGACCCUCGACUGCGUGUUUUCGGGCGUGCACUGCAAGUCCUGUCGCUCGCAUUGGCUGGUGAAGCCGUGAAAUGGACAGACGUCGAGCCAUUUGAGUGGUACAGCCGCCCACUGGAAGUCGGAAACCGACUCCAUCUCGUCGAGAUGUACCACCGCACAGUGUCGGCUAUCCACCGUCGUGCCAGGCGACUGUGGUUGACUCCUCCGCCGAAGACCACGCUGGAGCGGCACCUGUGGCACGCCCAAGGCCGAAUCUUCGAGGAGCUAGCUGACAUGAGCACGAUCCAUGUGCGACACUUUCUCCGUUCAUGUGCGCAGGACCUCGAGCACGAACCCGAGCGUCGCCAAGUCGUACUCUACGUGAACCGGCAGCAAAAGGAAGCGCUCUUGAGCCGGUUUCGCCUCGUGGAGGGUGGUGUCACCGGGGCGGACAUUGGCGAAAAGGGUGGAAACAAUGAACAGUAG